AUGGCACUGGAAAACUCCACGUUCUCUUCUCGGCCAGAGUCCCUCUCUCUGCCGGUCCCAGAGAAAGGGGAGGUGCCUGCUGAGGAGACCAAAGAAGAUGUUCCUGCCACGGGUGUAUUUAACGUCUCGGAGGAACUUGGGCACGUGGUAACCACAGAGACAUCACCGCCCCCACAAGUGCCCUCUAAUAACACCCUGUCAUUCCAGGACAAGAUGGCUGCCCGGGAAGCACAAGCCAAUCAGCACCGAAAGAAGCCGCAAGGGGCAGGGCAGGAGCGGGGAAGGUUUGGCUGGGCACGCAGUAAGCGUAAGAGGCAACGAUAUGUGGAGAAAAACGGCCGCUGUAACGUCCAGCAUGGUAACAUGCGGGAAACUUACCGCUACUUGACGGACAUCUUUACCACUCUGGUGGACCUGAAUUGGCGCUGCUCACUCUUUGUUUUCGUCAUGGCCUAUGCCGUCACCUGGCUUUUCUUUGGUGCUAUAUGGUACCUUAUUGCAUACUGCAGGGGAGAUCUGGAUCAUUUGGAGGACGAGACGUGGACUCCGUGCGUGAACAACGUGAACGGUUUCAUCUCCGCUUUCCUUUUCUCCAUCGAGACGGAGACCACCAUCGGAUAUGGCCAUCGUGUCAUCACCGACCAGUGUCCUGUGGGCACCAUGCUUCUGCUUUUGCAAGCCAUACUGGGCUCAAUGGUCAAUGCUUUCAUGGUUGGCUGUAUGUUUGUGAAGAUCUCUCAGCCAAACAAGCGUGCAGAGACACUGGUGUUCUCCCGGAACGCGGUCAUUUCUCUGCGAGACGAUAAGCUGUGUCUGAUGUUCCGAGUUGGCGAUCUGAGAUCCUCGCACAUCGUGGGAGCCAACAUGAGAGCAAAGCUCAUCAAAUCCAAACAGACCCAAGAGGGUGAAUUUAUUCCGCUGGAUCAGACAGAUAUCAGUGUGGGCUUUGAGACCGGGGAUGACCGCUUGUUCCUAGUGUCUCCGUUGGUCAUCUCUCAUGAGAUCGACUCCCGCUCACCGUUCUGGGACAUGUCGCAGGCUCAGUUAGAGAAGGAAGACUUUGAGAUUGUCGUGAUCCUGGAGGGCAUGGUGGAAGCUACAGGUAUGACUUGUCAAGCACGGAGCUCCUAUUUGGCCGAGGAGGUGAUGUGGGGUCACAGGUUCAGCCCGAUGAUGUCCCUGGCCGAAGGAUUCUUUGAUGUGGACUACGGAGCAUUUCAUCAUACCUUUGAGGUGGACACACCUUCUUGUUCAGCUCGAGAGCUUGCAUUAGCCGCUGCUCGCCUGGAAGCCCACCUCUAUUGGUCGAUCUCCAGCCGGCUGGAUGAAGAGAAGUGGGAGGUGCCUAACCUGAACGAGCAGUCAAAAACCCCUGGCGAUUCUGAACCUGUCAGUGGAAAAGAUGGAGGCGGACCGACAUUCAUUGUGGGUGGAGUCGCAGAUACCCAGGAACAGCCAGUUGUAGGGGAACAGAAUGGCAGUGUCACUACAGACCAAUCAGAAACUGAGGCCUAA